AUGAUGAUUUGCCCUUCCCCGGUUUGUUUUCUGUGCUUUUUGCCUCUCCUGGAAUCCGCUCCCGCAAGGCCUGGUCACGAUAUAACCCGACUGACUGGGAACGAUUCCACUUUUGCCAGACCGGUUCCUUCCAUGUGGCAUUCAACGACAGCUCAUCGGCCCAUCUGCCAGCACAAUCAGAAGGUCCACCGUCAAACUGAGGAGGAGGAGGAGGGAAUUGCAUAUCCGAUUCAUGCCCGGGAAGAAGGGCCUUCGCAAGACGUCUCGCAUUACCAUUUUCUGGUUCACUGUUCAUCCGGGGUCGAGUUCUCGCUGACACAAACGGCCAUUUCGCUGGCUAGACUACACCCGCGCGCACCCUACAUACUGAACACGUCCGAGACUCUGGGCCACCCGCGCCCCGUCCAGUGCGGUGAUCAGAGUGAUUCAGGUCUCGCCUUGUUAAGCGAUGCCAUGCUUUACCGAUCAAUGAUUUGUUUCGUCUUUGAUGAUGACGAUGGUAAGAACAGGACACCAACGGACGAACGACGGCUUGAAACGGGUGACAAAGGAAAUUGCGGAAAGGAUGUCGUGCCUCGUCUUUGA